CACAUAUUUGACAAAACAAAAACUGUCUGUCUUUCUUCUAACAUAGAAAGCAGAGAGUUUGAACUCAGUAAUGGUGGGAUUUGGUGGUUCUUCUUCAAGCUUUUGCUUGCAACAGAGCCUUCCUCUGUUAACAAGAACCCCCAUUUCCAGAAAAGGAAAAGCUUGCAUUCAAUGCUUUUCUUCAGUAUCUUAUCAUAAGUUUGUUGAUUUUGCUUUGGAUGAAACCAGUCGCCACACCCACUUGGUCCCUUCUCCGUUGCAGGAAAAGUUUAACUCCAUGAAUUCUAAGGAUGGUAAAGGAGGCCUUAGUAUGCUAUCAUUCCAAUCUGCCAAGAUUAGGCUUCUACGAAGUUUGAUCAUUGAGACAGAAACAAUGCAGGUUUUGGACUUAGCUGUCUUUCCCAAUACAGAAUAUGACGUUCCCAUAUUUUGUGCUAACUUUUUCUCCACGGCUAAAACAAACAUUGUUGUCUUGGACCUUAACCCCUUGCAUGAUAUCAUCAACCAGGAUGACUACAAGGAAAAGUACUUUAAAAGCUUAAUUCCUCUUGGCCUUAAAUAUGCUGAGCUUUUUCCAUGGGGAGGGAAGCUCACAAGUGAGUCUAUACGAUUCUUUUCACCAAUUGUCAUUUGGACAAAGUUUACUUCAAGCCCACAAAAAUAUGAUAUUCUGUAUUCUGCCUUCAGGGAUUAUUACAAGGUAUGGUUGGAGUUGAUAGACAAAGCAGUUGAGGAGACAGAUGAAUCUCAAAUUCUCCGCAAUCUUGAAGCACAACAUAGAUAUCUAACAUGGAGAGCUGAAAAGGAUCCAGGACAAGGUGUUUUGAAGAAGCUGAUUGGUGACACACUUGCCAAGGACCUAUUGAUAAACUUCCUCUUUAAUGGAGUCAAUGAACUAGGAAGCAAAAAGUUCAGUGACUAUUUUCCACACCACAGCUUUGAGGAGGGAACUCUAAAUAAGAAAGGCGGUGUUGUGUUGAAGUCUUUUGAAAACCGCCCAUGGAAUGCGAGAGGCGAAUUCCUUGGUGAAUGACUAUUGAAGCCUGCAUACACCUUUGCACUCAACUUUUACAAGGCAUGGUACAUGGUAAAAUUUUGGUGAUUCCAGUUCUGCAAGCAAACCAGGACCUGGUUGCCAUGCUAGUGCAGAUUUUGUCGAUGAUGAGUGCUCUGAAUCAAUUGCUGAAUUAGCUACACCAAUUACCAAGAUGCUUGUAAUUUUGCUUGUAACUUUUCCUCCAUGUUUUUUUAUAUUUAUGUAAUGGCUAUACAAGCUAUGUUGUGUGGAAAAAAAUUAGUGGCUGAAAAUGUCCAUGUUGUAAAAUUAGAAUUUUCCUGUGUAGAUAAGAA